AUGGGAUCCAGGCUGGGCGAGGUCAUCACCCUCCAGUUUGGCGGAUACGCCAACUGGACCGGCGCGCAUUUUUGGAACUUCCAGGUGCGCCGCCCCUUCGCGUCCCAUCCAGCCGCCGCGUCUCCCGGAAAACGUAGCGACGGCACCCUCGACCGUUCCCUGACCUUCCCACCCCUUCCCACCCCGCAGGACGAGGCGCAGGGCCUCGCCGAGGGCGAGGAUGACUCUUCACGCUUGUACUCCGCGAUCGACUCCGGCGUGCUCUACCGCGUCGGCGAGACCGCGCGCGGCGUGCCGACGUACGUGCCCAGGGUCGUGUGUUUCGAUCUCGGCGGUACCAUGGGCGGCGUGAGGCGCGCGGGGCACCUCUACGGCGACGACGACGUCGCCGCGGGCGCCGAUGGAAACCUCCCACCGAUCACGAGCUGGGACGGCGGCCACGCGGUGUUCAGACAGGAGCGGGCGCACAAGUCCGCCUUCCUCCGCAACCUCGAGGAAGACGCCUUGGUCGACGCCUUGGAUGGCGACGACGACGAGGAGGAGGAGGACCCCGAGCGUCGGAUGGACACUGACGACUCCGAGGACGAGGACGAGGACGGCGCGCGACGAUCCAAGUGGGGCGGGUCGACGAAACGAUCGAGGAACGGGGGCGACGUCGACGCGAUCGCGGCGCUUCGCGCGAAGAUGACCGCCCAGCUCCAAGUCGCGGGCGUAACCGACAAACGACGAGGACGCGGCGACGAUGAGAACCGCCGCGCCGCCGCGCUCGAGGAUGAGAACCGCCGCGCCGCCGCGCUCGAGGCCUCCGCCUCGACGCUCGCGGCGGAUGCGAGGUCGUGGACGGACUUUUGCAAGGCGUGCCUCCACCCCAGGUCGUCCGUCACGCUUCCCGGGUUGUGGUCUGGCGUCGACGCGUUUGCGGGAUUCGGCGAGGGCGUCGAACUUUACCGGUCCGACGAGCGGAGGGAGGAGGCGAGGGACGCGGUGCGGUACUGGGCGGAGGAGUGCGACCGACUGCGCGGGUUCCAGGUCUUCGCGGAGGACUUAAGCGGCUUUGGCGGCGUCGCGGCGACGGUUACGGAGGAGAUCCGCGACGAGUACGGCGGCGCGCCGACGGUGCUAUUCUCGCUCCGUCCGCCGAAUGGUCCGAACACGCCCAACUCGUCCGUCCAGUACCGCACGAGGCUCGGGUUGCUCAACGACGCGAUGGCGUCCGCCGUCCUCGCGCCCAACUGCGACGCGUACGUGCCGGUGGCGUGCCCGAACGCGAAGUCGGUGCGAGCCGCCGGUUUACCCGGGUACGACGUUGAAAGCGGCGUUGAAAGCGACGGGAGGUUCGCGGCUUCGGCGUUGAAAGCGGCGGCGAUCGACACCGCGACGCUGACGUGGAGGACGAGGGACGACGGGCGCGGAGGUUGGUGCGUGGGCGGGACGGGGAUGCGUGAGGUGGCGGCGCACCUGUCCGCGCGAACCGGCGGGCCGUUCGCGGCGAUGACGGCGACGACGCCGUGCGUGCCCAUCGACGAUUACGAUUCGCGGGAGAGACGGCGCGAGGGGCCAAACCCGGGCGAACCGAACCGAUCGGACUCGCUCCUGGCGACGAGGGUGCGAGGCGCGUUCGACGAGGCGGCGCGGAGGGAGGACGUCACGAGGGCGCGCGCGGUGCUUUCCCGCCAGGUGUAUUACACGCCGGGGUGCUGCGACGAGGAUGCGCUCGAACCCGUCGCCGAGGUGUACUCUGCGAGGGGGUGGCGGGUCCGGAUGGGGAGCGAUGAUGAGGGGGGUCCGACGACCGCCGCGACCCCGCAUCGCACGCGCGAGGCCCUCGACCGGGCGCUCGCGCGAGAGGCGUACCGCGCGCCGCGGCUGAGGUUCGCCUCGGUCGCGCCUCUUCCCUUGCCCCUCCCGUUUCCCCGCGUGUUCCGUCCCGACGGGGGCGAGAACCCGAGGGAGUGCGGCGCGAUGACCAGGCUCGUCGCCACUGCAUCGUACGGACGGGUGUUGAGCGAGAUGAACGCGCGGUGGCGUCGCGCGGUGCGGGGCGGCGCGGGUAAGGCGACGGUGGCUUCGUGGGGAUACGACGGCGCCGACGUCGACGACGUCGGCGAGUCGCUCGCCUCCGCCGCGGGAGCCCUGGCGGACGGAAGCGACGCGGGGGACGACUUCGAGUUCGACGACGUCGACGACGACGAGUGA